AUGGUACUCUUGAACACAAAGCAGAAGUUGGCUUUACUUUCACUAUAUUCGGAAGAAAUUAAGAGGCGGCUGGCACCACUAUACAACUCGUCCGAGCGGCCUACCGAUUUGCUCGAACUGCUCAGCACAAACGAAUUCGAGGAAAUACUUGUGGAUUCGAGUGAUGAUACUGAAUUCACUCAGAAAUUAUGGGAUGCUUUGACGAAUUCGCCGAUGAAUUCUGCUCUGUAUGACACAAUUCUUCAUUACCUCGCAACUGUUGAUGCUGAAUUGCAUUCUACUCUAUGCUGCGUCUCAGAGAAGGACUCUCGAAGUCAGUUCAGCAAAGUGCUUUUGAAGCUCGAAGAGUUUUGGGCUCAUCUUGAUGUGGAUAAGACGUUGGAGUUCCUUAAAGGAAUCCAGUAUUACAACACCGUGACUUCACGGAUAGAGAAAAGCUUAGAAGAUGUGGAAGAUAUUCCCACAAAGAAGAGAGUUGUUCUGCGAACCGUCCCAUUGCUUGGAGAUAACGCCAUUUACGAUUUAAUGCGGUCUAUUUACCACAAUUCCGAUCAAUCAGCUGAUUUUGUUAAUAAGCUGCACCCUAAUUUCCUCCGUUUCUACGAGUUACUGGAUAAGGAAAGAACAUCACCCCGUGGGAUUGUUACCUUUUGUCCACCGGAUGUUCCAAUUGCGGACAUAAUUAAUGAGAAUUCUCCGCAGGCGAAAAAGUUCAAAGUAAAUUUAAAUUAUGAAGACCUACCAUCGAUUUCGCAUUCAAGUGAAACUUUGACCGGAAGGCUGCUGAAAGCAAUCGAUGACCGAUCGUUUGCAGAAACGCCUAUUUUGUUACGCGAUUAUCAAAAGGAGCUAUGCGAAAAAAGCAUGAACGGGAUGAACACGAUCAUUGCUGCUCCCACAGGAUCAGGAAAAACAGUCGUUGCCGUGAACAUCAUAAAGAGUCACUUAGACAAGAACCGAAGCAGUGGCCGUAUGGCAAAGGUCUGGCAGUUCUGUUCCGCCAACAUUCCCUGCUUCGAAGAGAUCGAGGUCACCGCAGAAGAGUAUUGUAGCGACCGACAAACUUAUCGUGAGAACACAAUAUCUGACGGUAUAGAGAAUGUAAUUCGUUCACCCUUUGAAGUGACUACGUUCACAAUGAUGGUGUUCGAUGAGUGCCACAAUGCUGUCAAGAAUUCGCCUUAUUCAAAUUAUCGGUUUGACUGCUUCGUUGGGUGUUGGAGGCAAAUCAACGGAAAAGGAUGCAGUAGCUCAUGUUAUUAG